AUGCUGGCUAGCUCAAUUCUCCGCCGUCGCCUUCAUUCCUCGGCCGAAUCCAUUCCCCAGCGCGCACGGAUUAUCUCUAACGGCUCGCGCCUCCAGUCCCAUCCACUCGCGAGACCCUACUCCACAUCUCGACCACAGCAACCAAGAGAGACCUCAUCCUUUUGGAUCGCAACCACUCUCCUUACAGUUGGAGGAGGUGCUUGGCUCUACCAAUACAUCUACCCAUCCGAUUUCCCGCGCCCGCUGCAACCCCGGCUGCCUCCGAACGGCCAAGACCCUUUCCUCAGCGUCAUCGAUACUCUCAAAGCCAUGCCUAUCGAACCAGCCCCGGGCACCGUUGGGACCCUGACUCCAGAACAGGAGGUCAAACUACGGGAAUUCUGGGUUCUAUGCCUAAAGGUCUUCGGCGUGCCGCUCGACACCCUAGAAGCCACAUCCAAUGUCGCCUCCGGUGAAGCUACUCCCUCUGGCUCGGACAAGAAGUCCUCCAAGCGUCGCGGGUGGGGACUAUUCGGCCGCAGUACCGAGGAAGAUGGCGACGACUCUAAGAGCGUUUCGUCGGCCAGCGGCGUCAACUCGAGCGUAGCGGCCAUCAGCAUCGCCGAGGGCGAUGAUAAAUACGGCCAAUCUAAGGAAUUCCAGCAGGCGCUGAAGGAUAUGAAACCCGAAGAGAUCCGCACUGCUUUCUGGAACAUGGUGAAGCAUGAUCACCCGGAUGGACUGCUUCUGCGGUUCCUGCGCGCUCGCAAGUGGGAUAUCCAGAAGGCCUUGGUCAUGCUGAUCUCCACCAUGCGCUGGCGCUUGCAGGAAGUGCAUGUGGAUGACGACAUCAUGGCUAAUGGAGAGGCAUUCGCUCUGAAGCAGUCGCAAGGCUCCGAUCCCGCAGAGAAGAAGAAGGGUGAGGAUUUCUUGUUCCAGAUGCGCAAGGGCAAGAGUUUCCUCCACGGUGUAGACCGAAAUGGUCGUCCUAUUUGUGUGGUCCGUGUGCGAUUGCACAGGCAAUCUGAGCAGGAUGCUGAAGGUCUGGAGCGGUUCACUGUCUACACAAUUGAGACAGCCCGGUUGCUUCUUGCCCCUCCGGUCGAGACUGCGACUAUCAUCUUUGAUAUGACCGACUUUUCCAUAUCCAACAUGGACUAUGCUCCAGUGAAGUUCAUGAUCAAGUGCUUCGAAGCCAACUAUCCCGAAUCCCUGGGAACUGUUCUCAUCCACAAGGCGCCGUGGCUCUUCUCCAGCAUCUGGAGUAUUAUCAAGGGCUGGUUGGACCCUGUCGUUGCCGCCAAGAUUCACUUCACCAAGAACCGCCAUGAUUUGGAGGCUAUCAUCCCUCCCGGUCAAAUCAUGAAAGAGCUGGAGGGUGACGAAAACUGGGAGUAUAAGUAUACCGAAGUUCAGGAGGGGGAGAACAAACUGAUGGAGGAUACUGAAACUCGCGACAAAUUGAUAGCCGAGCGCCAGGAACUCGCCAAGGACAUCCAAGAUGUUACAAUUGAAUGGAUCCGAGCUGCCGCCAAGAAGGAGUCUGCAGCUCUAUCCAUCGCGGAGGAGAAGCGUGCGUCUUUGAUCGACAAACUCCGGAAGCAGUACUGGGAACUCGACCCAUACAUCCGGGCUCGCUCCUUGUAUGACCGCCUCAACAUUGUCCAGGGCCACGGAAAGAUUGAAUUCUAUCCCGAUGCUGCAAAGGCGGACCAGGAAAAAGCCUCGGCCGAACAAAUCGGUGCAGGGGCAGUAUAA